AAGAUCGAUUUAAUUAUGUGAAGGUUGGCUACAGGUUUGACGUAUGUGUGGGAUCGUGUAAGUGAUGUCUCAUAUCGAUUGACUGAUUACAGUCGAAAAUCGUUGAUUUUUCGCUAAUUUUUGUAGACUACUUGUGCACUGUGAGUAAUAAGACAUUCCAAACAUUUUAAAUUUUGCGCAUGUUGAUGUAUUUCUUGCGCGAUAUCGGUUUUCCUUUGGCGCAGAAUUCGCGUCGUUCGAAUUAAGCAGAGACGUCGCGCUCGGAAAAUGGUAGCGUUCAAUUACGUGCAUCAAAGUGAGAGGUGACUACACUUUGUGCGAUCGUUAUCCUGAUUCCGUCAUCCGAAUGUUAUCCUGGAACUAGCGCAUUGCAAAAGCUUUGUGUCCUUCGUCGGUUCCGUUUGGCCAUCCAGAAAGUCAAAAAGCGUUCCCAUAUGAUGUAAUUAUUAACGCGAUAAAAUACACUAACUUAUAGUUUGAAACAGUCGGUUACGUGUUGUCGGGGUGUUAUGUUCCUUUGAAACGCGUUAAAGUAGCCUCCGUUUUUCUAAAAUGAAGAAGUUUACGUUGAAAGGCGUCCUUGAUAACUUUAGGACGUCGGUGGCUCAGCCUGCGAAGGCGGAUCAGGAAGUCCAGGAGACUCUUCGACCCGAACACUUCCAAGUCAAAAGGACGUUUCGUCAUGGAUUUCCGUUUCAACCGACGGCAAUGGCUUUCGACCCCGUUCAGAGACUACUCGCCAUCGGUACAAAGGGCGGAUCACUUAGAAUUUUGGGUCAGCCUGGUGUCGAUGUGCACGUUAGGCACGACAUGGACGGUCCUCCGAGUGCAUCGGCGGUAAUUCAUCUACAGUUCCUUAUUAACGAGGGUGCUAUGGUGUCCGUUACGGCGGACGACUCCUUGCACUUGUGGAACUUUCGACAGAAAGUGCCCCAGAUCGUGCAGAGUCUCAAAUUCCAACGGGAAAGAAUAACCACUAUACAUCUACCUCUCCAAUCGAAAUGGCUGUACGUCGGCACGGAAAAGGGUAAUGUACAUGUCGUUCAAAUAGAAAACUUCGUUCUGUCAGGGUACAUAAUCAACUGGAACAAAGCCAUAGAGAUGUCUCGGAAAACGCACCCCGGCCCCGUUGUCCAUUUAAGCGACAACCCUCUCGACGCAAACCGGCUGCUAAUAGGAUUUGAAACGGGACAAAUUGUUCUUUGGGACCUGAAGAACAAGUCGGCCGAAAUGCGGUGGCAAAGCCAGGAACCGUUGCGUUCCAUCGCCUGGCAUCACGAAGGAAAACAGUUCAUGUGUUCCCACAGUGACGGAUCUUUGACCACAUGGAACAUAAAACAGUUUGGAAAACCGGUGCACACCUCUCAACCCCACGCAAAGGUAUCGAAGGAUGGUAAAAUGGAGCAGUGCAAGCCGAUCAAUAAGGUGGAGUGGAAAUUGUCCCGAGCGGGAGAAGCGUAUGUGAUAUUUUCGGGCGGCAUGCCCUACGACCAAUGCGGCAGAACGCCAAGCAUCACCGUUGUACAUAGCAAAACCACGACGGUGCUCGAAAUGGAGCAUAACGUCGUCGACUUUAUAACUUUGUGCGAAUCGCCGUACGUUAGCGAGAUGCAAGAACCGUACGGGAUCAUUGUUUUGUUACAAAACGACCUGGUGGUGAUGGAUUUGCAGACGUCGGGUUUCCCGUGCAUAGAAAACCCUUAUCCCAUGGACAUCCACGAGUCCCCGGUCACCUGUUGCAACUACAUGGCCGAUUGUCCCGCCGAUCUCGUGCCGGCUCUGUACUCGGUCGGGAGGGCUGGCGGUUCUGCCAAAAGGACGGGGUUUUCCGAAAAGGAAUGGCCCGUCAAUGGGGGCAACUGGUCCGUGCAGUCUUGCAGUUACAGCGAAAUAAUCGUGACAGGUCAUGCAGAUGGGAGCGUGAAAUUUUGGGAUGCGAGCGCCGGCACGUUACAGGUGUUGUACAAAUUGAAAACGGCCAAACUGUUCGAACGGCCCAAGGCCAAGUCGCAGGACAGCGAGGACGAUCCUUUCGCGAUCCAAAUCAUCUCGCUGUGUCCCGAAUCGAGGAAGCUGUGCGUCGCUGGCGCGUCCAGUCACGUCAUCCUUUUCAAAUACAAGAAAAGCGAAAGUAACGACGAAGUAACGGUUCUGGAAAUACCCAUUGUUUACGAGAUCGCCGACGACGGCGAUUAUUCUCCCGAUUGCGAGUUUCCGGGACCAGGAAGCGCCGGUUCCGCCAAUAAAAUGGACGUGUUAGAUUUUGACAAUAAAAAGGAAUCGUCGUUAAAAGUGAGACAGGGUGUCCAAAAAAAGGCGCCCGGUUUCCAAGCUCAAUUGGUGUGUCUUGCCCCGUGGAACAACGGGGAACCACCGAGUCGAAUAACAGCGUUAACGAUAAACAGCUCGUACGGUUUAAUGGUUUAUGGCAACGAGGCUGGUAUUGUGAUCGUGGAUAUCGAACAGAAAAUAUGUCUGCUCAACAUAGGCAGUCCGGAUCUGUACGGUGCCCAAGAUCCCUACUCGCGAGUCCCUCGUAGUCCGAAAAAAGGACAACUGGACACUUUACUGACAACCGCCGCCACGAAUUCAGACCGAGAGGAUAAACAACCACGGAGUCCAAGCGUUGACCAGAUGGGAAAGACCCCAUCGGAAUCGCCUUGUCUAACUCCCGUCGAUCCGGCAUACGAAGCCACCGAGGACUUCCAGACCGUCACCCCGAUCCCGGACAAUAAUAACCGUCGAAAAUCGUCCACUUGGAAGGGUCUCAAACGGCGCUUGUCCAGGGUGGAUCUCAAAGUGAAAAAUACCAUUCUCGGGGCCGCAGCGACAGACAAAUCGAACGCGUCCUUUUACUGUGACGAGUAUGACGAUCUAAACGACGAAACUAGCGGAAGUGGUAGUAAGACGUCGCCCGAAUCGGAAGAGAAUACGAUCAUAGAGAACAGGAGAUGUCCGACUCCGACGUCGCCAAAAAGUAUCAAAAACUUCGACCUGAUCGCCGGUCGCAGUCCUGACGACAGCGAUUUCACUCCGAAAGCGGAGGAGGGUGUUUUCUCGGCAGACGAUUCGGACAACUCCCCCCCGUACGGAAGUCCCAAAACGAGGCCUGGCAAUCUGGAACUUGUUGACGAACACGGCCUUCCGAUACGGCCCAGUAGGGGGAAGUACAAGAAAAAACAGAACAACAAUAACAGGGACCAAAGGCUACUGUCGAUACCGAAUUUGAAACCGUACAAGCCGGACGUGCAACAGCUGAAAGACUUACGCGGCAAAGAGGAGGCGAACUACCAUCAUCCCGUUGGAUCUCACCCGACUUUCGCCGGCAAUUUAAUGAGACGCUUCAAUAAACGGAGUGUGUAUCAGCCCCAUGCAAUCGGCCUCCGGUGGUGGACCAGUAGCGGGCGUCGUCGCGGCGUCGGGCUCGUCGACGUCGUCGUCGUCGUGUCCCGUUGGUUCUGGCCAGUCCCAGUCGGGGAGCCGCCGCUGUGCCGAGCCGCCCCGCCGUUCCAGAUCGCAAGGUACUCGCAAACUGCACAAGUGCCUUUCAACCGCCAGUUAUUCGGAGGAGAGCGGCUGCAACGCGUUUUCUACCACCGUGCAGCAACAGCAACAACAACAGCCACGACAGCAGCAACUGCUGGCCGCCAGUCGACAAUAUUGCAGUUUUGGUACUACUUUAGAUGUCACAUCCUGCGUACACAGUUACGUAUGUACGAUAUGUACGUCUAUGCUAUACAAGUCCAAAAACAACAAACAAAAGUCUACUCCUCCCUCAAUUUCCUCAGCUCAAACCUUUCGAACAUGUUGGGCGAUUUGUUCAUUCCGAUGGAGAUGCCCGAGCCACCCAAAGAAAGCUUCUUUAAAGGUCUUUUCGGUGGAGGAAUAAGGUCGCUGGACAGAGAAGAGCUAUUUGGUGAAGCGAGCGGUAAGGCGAACAAAUCGGUCGCGAAACACAUUCCCGGCAGCAUGCAGGAUAUGGGCGCUAGAGUGACGUCGUCGACGAGCGAGAUCAGCAGGGCUCACAAGAUGGUCCUCGAAAGGGGAGAGAAACUUAGUCAGCUCGAAGACAGAGCGGAAAGGAUGCGCUACGAGGCUGAGAACUUUUCUAGUACCGCACACGAACUCAUGAUGAAAUACAAGGACAAAAAGUGCCCCAUGCAAUCGGCCUCCGGUGGUGGACCAGUAGCGGGCGUCGUCGCGGCGUCGGGCUCGUCGACGUCGUCGUCGUCGUGUCCCGUUGGUUCUGGCCAGUCCCAGUCGGGGAGCCGCCGCUGUGCCGAGCCGCCCCGCCGUUCCAGAUCGCAAGACAAGCUGGACAGUUCCUUUUCGAGGUCCCGUUCGAGUUCGAUCAGUUCCUUGGAGAACAUCACGUCUGAAGCAAUACAGUGCCUGGCAUUCGCCGAAUCGUAUUCACGUAAAACAGAGCCUAACGUUUUAACGCCCUCGCUAUGGGUCGGGACGAGUCUGGGCUCGGUACUGACGAUCCUGGUAAGUCCUCCGGGUCCGGACAGCAGAUCUUCGCAGCCUGUUGUCGUCUCCCUGGUAGGCAUCACCAUAUUUCGUUUGAAAGGCGCUAUUUUGUCCAUGGCCUUCUUGGACUGUAGCGGAUCCCUCAUUCCGUACUUGUACGAAUCGUGGAAAGAGAAAAGAGACAAGACCCCUACGAGGACCCAAAACAAAAUGAGUCCGCCGCUGGCGGGAGAGAACCCGAACCGCAUCGAACAAUUCGGCGACAGGCAGUUCGUGGUGAUAACGAGCGAAAAACAGGCGAGGGUCGUGGGAUUGCCUUCUCAAACGUGCAUUUACCGACAACAGAUAGCCGACACUGAUUUCGUAGUGAAGGCGGAAACGAUUACGAUAAAGGAGAGUGUAUGUUUGGUGUGCUACGUGUCAAAUGGACACUUGGUAUCUUACAGUCUGCCCAGCCUUCGGCCCCUGAUGGACAUCGAUUUUCUACCUCUUUCGGAACUAAGUUUCCAGACGCAAUCUAACAAAGGCAUUGUAGACCCAAUGUUGUCCAUUUGGGGCCAACAACUCAUAGUUAACGAGGACACAGCCCAGUAAGUUUAGUCAUUAUCAUGGAUUUUACGAAAAAAAUCGUUUUGAAAUUCAUAAUUCAUCAUUUUUUUCUAUUUUGUUUUUUUUUUUUCAAUGCCUACACAAAAACAAUCUUUUAAGUAACGAAAGGUUCAAGUUGUGGGGAUACGGCGAAAGAUCCCCUUCAGCCCCGUUUAGUAAUCGGGGAUGGUUGGGGAAAAAGCGUUCAACAAUAUGUGUAUAGAAUUUAUUAUAAUAAUAAAUAAAUUAAAGUAGUUAGUGUAGGCAGUGAAAAAAAUAUUUUUUUUUUUUCGAGUCAAUUUUUAAAUGAAAAGGAGAACGAUGGAAUUUUUAUAGCGUUUUAAUUGGCAUCGUGAAUGUUUGGUUUUCUGUUUUUCUAUAAAUAUACGAGGGUGGAUUGAUAAGUUUCCGGCCUAACCAAGAGAUGACGCCACUAGGCCUACCUUGAGGUGA